CAAAGCUUGAAAUUUUGAAAAUAUAAAUAAAAAACAAAACAGAAGCAUGAAAAAAAAGUUUUCUACUCUUUCAUAUUUAGUGUUCAUCAAAGUCAUGCUUCUUUGAUUGAACACGAAAGUCUGUUCAUUUAUAGACAAGAAAAAAAAUUAUGAAGAAUUUCUACUAAUUGUUGUCCAUCAAUUUACAAAAAGAUAAAAAAAAGACUAAGAAAAUAAGAAGCGUCAGUUGCGAUGAAUUUUUACUUAAUUAUAGUUCAAGAGUUUUACAAAUUAGGGUUUCUUUAUUACAGUAAAAAGUAUGGUAAUAGUUAUUAGAAAAAAAACAAUUUAUAUAACAAAUAGAUUUUCAUGCGUCGUUAUAAAAUAUAUACAUAUUUAUAUGUUUCUACUUUUGAUCGUUUUUGCUCGAUUUAAUCGGUUAUAAACCAAACCAUAUCCAAAUCCUACGGUUUUUAUAAAAUUAUAUCCAUUCGAUUUGUAUGGUAUAUACCAAAACCAAACCAUAUUGUCUAUUUCGGUUCGGUUCCGGUUUUACCAUAUUUAACAGCUCUACCUCCUCUUUAAAUUUGCAUGUUUGUCCGUUCCUUUAACCUAAUAUUUCUUCUAAUAUUAUCACUAUUUGUACCGGUUAACUAAAAUUUGUAACUAUUCCGAUUUCCAUUUUUGAAGUUUAAGAAAACAAAAAUACAGUACAUGUGUAUUGUUGUUUAUCAAAUAAAAGCGUAGAGAGAAGUUUAUCUCUAAAGACAUCCAAAUGUUUGAGCCACACACUGAGAACUAGGCGGAGGCUUCAGAUUCUCCACUCGUCGAAACUUAUUUUCAAUGGCGUUCACACUGUCCACCACAAAGACCAGAAUGAACAAAACAAACAAAGAUAUUGAUUCAUACUGUAACAGCAGGUGAUGUUCGGAUUCGAUAUGCUUAAGACCUUAUAUGAGGCGGCCUUGGCUUUUGGGUUUAAUCUUUUUUCAGAAAUCCACAAAUGCGAGCGAUAUGAGAGCACACAUUUUUGGGGCUAAAACCAAAACAAAAAUGAGACAAAUAUUAUACGUAUGUGAUGUUUAGUCUCUUAUUUGGAGGAUAAAAUGGAUAUAAAUUUGGACUAAUUUAAAUACUUGUUGCGAUGGUUAUCAAUAUCAUAUAUAUAUAGUUUUGCUAGCAAAUUCUCUAUUGGCUAGUUUGAGAUAAAGGGUAAAUCGGGAAGAAAAGAAAAAGAAGAUAGCAACGACUGUAGAUAGACAUGUUGGGGUGGGGAAAAACAUGUAAGGAUCUUUUUCAAACAUCCCAUCUGGAACACUUUGUGUCUAAUAGUGUCCCUCCAUCAUAGAAUAUAAAAUACAUCACUGUGCCUGUCAGCGAAUCGACUCUAGGGUUUACUCAAAAUCAUGGAUCCCAACACCAGCACCGAGCCUAAGGUGUCACAACAACCCAUGGAUGCAGGUUGCCCUGAUCCCUCUAAGUCUCUGGGAAAACGCAAGGAAGAACAGCUUCCAGAAGCAGAUCCUGUCGACGACGAAGGAAGCGGGGAAGAGGAUAUCGAAGAGAAGGGCAGCAGUGAAAGCGACCAAGUUUGGGGCUUUGAUAGUUUCGAGGGUGAUGACUACGUGUCGCCUGACGAAGAGCCUGAGGAUGAUGAUGAAAGAGAGUACCGUAAAUACGUGCGCCAUUAUCAUGAGACACGGGGUUUCAAGGUGGACAAAGAAAUGAUCCCCAAAAAUCUUUUUCAAGGAUUACGUGGUCUCGAUCUCAAUCGCUACUUUUUCAAGCCUAACCUCACGGGGCGUGAGUACAUGGAGAUUAUGGUCAAGGUGGCUAUUGACAAAUACAACCAAACACAGAAUAAGAUGCUGAUUCUUGACCAUAUCGUGAGGGUGGUGGUGAGGAUGAGCACUGGAGUUAAAGCUUAUAUUACUUUCAUGGCCAAGGAGACUCCCGAAGGAGAGCUUGUAGAGUACCAAGCUAAGACUGAGCGGAAGGCAUGGCAGAAAGACAUUCAUGCCAUCUUUUGCAGACCAGCUUCUAAAGGUAAGGGUGACAAAAUUUGCUUUUGAUUUCCUGUUUAAUUGAAAUGUUAUGCAUCACUACUCAAUCAAAGACACAUUUAGAAUGGAUGAAAUUAUCUGGAACCACGGGUAGAAUUAACAACUUGUGUGGGAAUUUGUUUAAAUCUGUGCACAUCUGAAAAUGUCUCAAGACUUGUUUUCUUUCUCUAUGGUUAUGCGAUGUUUGAGGAUAUGAUGUGUUACUCUUUGUUUCGUCUUUAUUGUGAUGUGAUUAUUAUAACUAA